GCCCGAAAUUUACACCUCGGAAUUUGUGAUUAAAAUGAAGAUGGCCACAGUGGGCUGAUUAUAUAUUUCUAUCGUUUUUGAUAGGUAUUGAAGACGUUACACUGAUAUUCUUAUUGGAUUUAUCACAAGAAUGAAUUACUUGGCCAUUGCUCUUCUGUACAUCUCAAGUGUUCCAGUAUUUGCAAAAAAGUUCAUUCAAUUUUUGGAAGAGCCAUCAGAUAUUAUUGUUGAAAGAAACAAACCUUCAGUAUUGCAUUGUAAUAUCACUGCCAUAAAUGCCCUUUACAUUUCGUGGUUGAAAGAUGGUGUACAACUGGACUUAACAAACAACACUCGCAUAACUAUACAGCCCGCUGGUUCUUUGCAUUUCAAUCCAGUUUUAAGGAAAAAGAACCUAAUAUCUGAUGCUGGUGUUUAUGAAUGUGUCGGUGAAACUGUUGUUCAUGGUAACUUGUUUAAAAUAGUUAGUCAAAAAGCAAGACUUAGUAUUGUUGGAAUGUCUAAAUCAUUUGCUGUGAAUCCAAAAGAUGUUACUGUAAAUGAAGGGGAAACAGCAAUGUUUCAAUGUCAAGUGAAACGAAGCCGUCCAGAUGCCAAGAUCACAUGGACGAAAGAAGGCAAAAAUACUGAUCUGACAAUGAAUUUUCGAUUUGUGGUUUAUCCAUCUGGCACUUUAGAAAUUCUUAGUGUGUUAAAAAGUGACGAAGGAAAUUAUAUUUGUACAGCAAAUAAUGAUGUAAUGGGCAAGAGUCUCACAGCUAAGGCUGCAUUGACCAUCAAUCAAGCCGCAACCAUUCCAAAACCAAACAAGUUUUUGUUAAAACAGUGAGGUGACCGUUUUAAAAACCAAGAAGCCAUUUUGGAGUGUAUUGUAUUUGGUUAUCCUAAACCUAUUGUUGAGUGGCAUAAAGAUGGUGUGAACAUAGCUCUGUCUUCUACUGGAAACUAUUCCCAGUUUGGAGCAAAUAGUUUAAAGAUAUCAUCUGCGCAAACUACUGAUGCUGGGAAGUAUGAAUGUGUCAUGGGUAAUGAAAAAGCUGAAGCAACUUUGCAUGUUAUUGAUCCACCAAAGUUCCUCAUCGUUCCUACAGAUGUUGAGUCAAAAGAAGAUUUAGAUGUCACAUUCUCUUGCAAUGUGUCCGGUUUUCCAACUCCCAAAAUCACAUGGUUUCUGAACAAUGAUAUUAUUAAUGGGAAUGAUGAUUUUGAGCACAUUGAUGUUAAAGAUGGCGGUAUAGAAAUCAUGGAUGCUUUAGAAAGUGAUUCUGGUAUUUAUCAAUGUGUAGCAAAGAAUGAUGGUGGCGAAAUCAAAGCAUUUGCUCAAUUUAAUGUGAAACGUCCCCCACCUUCAACCCCAUCAACCACGAGGCCAAGAACAACAUUAGCAACAACACUCCUUGUUACUACGAAGAAAAGAAUUUUCUCUCCAGGUCCUCCGCAGAAUGUCACAGCUGUUGCUAUCAAUUCAACAUCCAUUCGACUAUCUUGGCAAAAACCUGCACAGCCUUAUGGGGCGAUUAAACAAUAUUUAAUAUUUACAAGAAAGUUUACUCAAGGUAAAUUUGGACACAAUUCACAACACACUGUCAAAGACAUGUUCCUCGUGAUAACGGGACUUGAACCUGAAACGCUGUAUCAGUUUAUUGUCAUUGCUAAAAAUGAACAUGAUAAAAACGGUGAACUGAGCUCGCCUUUGGAUGUAUACACAAGAAAGAAAAUUGUGCGUGAACUUACAUCUGCCCCACGACGUGUCAAAGUGGAAGCAAUCGGUUCAAAAGCCUUGAGAGUUUCAUGGAGAGCUCCGUUGAAUUUUUCUGAAAAAAUAAAUAAUUACUCAAUCCGUUAUCGAAGUGUUCGCGGGAACCAUGCAUGGCGAUUAGAAACAUCGGCGAGGCUUGAUCUUGUUCUCUUGAAACUCGAACCUUACACGAAGUACGCAGUGACUGUUACUGCAUAUACAGAUAGUGGGCCUGGGAAAAAGUCCGACGAGGUGUUUGGUAUAACCAAAAGUGGAGUUCCAAAGGGACCACCUGAACAUGUUCAAUUGACUUUAACCAAGAAAUUACUUAUUGGUUUCUGGAAUCCUCCUGUCAAUCCCAAUGGAAAUAUUACUCAUUAUUUUGUUCAGUUAAAGAACUCAAGGUCUGGCCAUGUUGCAAAUUACACUGUCCAUAGAAAGUCCAAAGCCUUCAAGAAUUUUGAACAAUCUGUUACUUACAGCUUAAGAGUUGCUGCUUGUACGGAAGCUGGUCAAGGCGAGUUUAGUUCAUGGAUAAAGAAGGAUACCCCUCGCAUUCCCAUCACAGAGGAUGAACGGCCUGGAAAACCGACAAACUUGCGUGUAUUUGUUUUAUUGGGAAUGGUGAAAGUGACUUGGGAACCACCUAAAGAAUAUUAUACUGUUGUACGACAUUAUGUGAUAAGUUGGGGCAAAAGAACGCCUAAUGAAGAUGACGAAAAAUUGCCAGCCAACCAAACUUGGCAUCUUCUUAAAAAUUUACAACCUGCGACAAUUUAUAUCAUUCGUGUGACGGCUGUUAAUAAAAUGGUCCUGGCCUCGAAGUCAUGGAAAAAGUGAUAAUUCCUCCUGACUCGCAAACUGUAAAUUCGAGUAUUAAACAGUUACGAGCUCUCGAAAUCGGGAAUAGAACAAUGCGAAUAUCGUGGAUGGACUCCAGUUACUAUAUCCGUCCAAAUGUUGGCUAUCAUGUUAAAUUCGAGCAAGAAAAUGAAUGGCGUUCUUUCAAUGUAAGCGGAAGGAUGUCGCUUGUGGUGAAAGAUUUAAAACCAGGAAGAAGUUACACUUUCUACGUAAA